GGACACGCAAUCAUUUCUCCGAAAUAUGCCAGCGGGAAAUAAAAUAUACUAUUUAGUUUAAUAUGUGGACUGCAUUUAACAAAAAUCUAAAUUUUACUGAACAAAUUGAGAAGUUUCUUGCCCAAUUUUCAUUUUCUUCAUAAGAUAUAGAAAAAUAAAUGAAACAUUUGUUUUUUGCCCAUUUGGUAGUUAAAGCCAGGGGCAGUCCCAAUUUAUAUCUACUCCAAUAAUUGACUCAAAAAAAGGAAUCCGAAGAGACAUGGAAAUCAAACGUCUCAGCUUCAAUCUCCUCAUCCUUUUCUCCUUCAUCAUCUACACAAAUGCAAAUGCGUGGGAUUGUGUUUACAGCAUUUACGUGGAAACGGGCAAUGUCCCAUCGGGCGGAACAAGCUCUAACAUAACCAUCUUCCUAAGCGACAACAGCAAGGCCCAACUGCCCAUCGUGAAUCUGAAGGAUUGGGGCUUAAUGGGCCCCACCCACGACUACUUUGGGCACGGGGAAGUGGACCUCUUCGCCGGAAAAGGGCCGUGUUUACCUGGGCCCGUAUGCAGCCUCAUAAUCGUGCUAGACGGCUACGAUAGUUGGUAUUGCGACUUUAUCAACGUAACAACCGUAGGCGUUGCGCAAUCGUGUUCGCAGAAGCAUUUCGUGGUGAAGAAAUGGCUUGAUGUCAACAAGGGAUCCGCAGUCAUUCUUCAAGAUGAGUGUUCAGAUGACGAUGAUGAUGAUGAUGAUGAUAGUCUUAAAAAACAGGUUUAAUUCGUUGAUUAGGAUUUUGGAGUAAUAAUCUGUUUUGUGAUUUGUGAGACGAGUGAGGGAGGGUAUGUGUAUUUGUCAAUAAAGUUGUGGAUUUCAAUUCACCUUGCCA